GAUGGAGGGAGCGGCUGCUCUGCAACCUGAGUUGUAACAAUCACUGUCUGUUGGCCAUUGUUGCUGCUCCCCACCCCUGGGAGUGGCAGAUGCUGUGCCCAAGGCCUAGUGUGCGGAUGGCUUGGUUGGGAAACCUGUGUGUGGGAGCCUCAGCACCGCAUCCAGGCAGUGGGACCCUGUUAUCUCCGGGAAUCUGAGCCUCACUGGCCACACCUGGAAAACAGCGGACCCCAUAAUCUGCUGUGAUUGCAAAGCUACUCCUAACUGGCUGUGUGACCUUGGGUCCGAUCCGUACUGGGUGCAAUGAAAGCUCCACGCAGGCCUUACCAUGGAAGGCUGUGACUCGCCCGUCGUCUCGGGGAAGGACAAUGGGUGCGGUAUCCCUCAGCACCGGCAAUGGACUGAACUCAACAGCACCCACCUCCCCGACAAACCCAGUAGCAUGGAGCAGCCCACUGGCGAGAGCCACGGGCCCCUGGACGGCCUGAGGGCCCCCUUCAAUGAGCGCCUGGCGGAGAGCAGCGCGCCCUCGGCCGGGCCCCCCGCCGAGCCCGCCAGCAAGGAGGUCAGCUGCAACGAGUGCUCGGCCUCCUUCGCCAGCCUGCAGACCUACAUGGAGCACCACUGCCCCGGCGCGCGCCCCCCGCCGGCCCCGCGAGAGGAGAGCGCCAGCGACACCAGUGAGGAGGGCGAGGAGGAGAGCGACGUGGAGAACCUGGCUGGCGAGAUCGUCUACCAGCCCGACGGCUCCGCGUACAUCGUGGAGAGCCUGAGCCAGCUGACCCAGGGCGGGGGCGCGUGUGGCAGCGGCAGCGGGCCCCUCCCCUCGCUCUUCCUGAACUCGCUCCCCGGGGCGGGGGGCAAGCAGGGGGACCCUUCGUGUGCUGCACCCGUCUACCCGCAGAUCAUCAACACUUUCCACAUAGCCUCAUCCUUCGGGAAAUGGUUUGAGGGCUCAGACCAGGCGUUCCCGAAUACCUCAGCCCUGGCGGGGCUCAGCCCCGUCCUGCACAGCUUCCGCGUUUUUGACGUGCGACACAAAAGCAACAAGGAUUACCUGAACAGCGACGGUUCUGCCAAAAGCUCCUGUGUAUCCAAAGAUGUUCCCAACAAUGUGGACCUGUCCAAAUUCGAUGGCUUUGUGCUCUACGGCAAGAGGAAGCCCAUCCUGAUGUGUUUCUUGUGCAAACUCUCCUUCGGGUACGUCCGUUCGUUUGUGACCCACGCGGUACACGACCAUCGAAUGACCCUGAGUGAAGACGAGCGGAAAAUUCUUAGCAAUAAGAACAUCUCCGCUAUCAUCCAAGGGAUUGGCAAAGACAAAGAACCCCUUGUAAGUUUUCUGGAACCAAAAAACAAAAACUUUCAACACCCUUUAGUUUCCACAGCUAACCUCAUAGGCCCCGGACACAGUUUUUAUGGUAAAUUUAGUGGCAUUCGAAUGGAAGGGGAGGAGGCUCUCCCAGCUGGCCCUGCCGCUGGCCCUGAGCAGCCCCAGGCUGGUCUCUUGGCCCCCAGCACCCUCUUGAACCUUGGCGGGCUCACCAGCUCGGUCCUGAAGACCCCCAUUACCUCAGUCCCCCUGGGGCCUCUGGCUUCCAGUCCUACCAAAUCCUCAGAGGGCAAGGACUCUGGGGCAGCUGAAGGAGAGAAGCAAGAAAUGGGCGAUCCGGAUUGCUUCUCCGAGAAAGCAGAGCCAGCCGAGGAGGAGGAGGCGGAGGAGGAAGAAGAGGAAGAAGAGGCGGAGGAGGAAGAGGAAGAGGAGGAAGAGGAAGAGGAGGAGGAGGAAGACGAGGGUUGCAAAGGACUCUUUCCAAGUGAGUUGGACGACGAGCUGGAGGACAGGCCCGCUGAGGAGUCUGGGGCAGCAGCAGGUGGUAGCAGCAAAAAGGACCUUGCUCUCUCAAACCAAAGCAUUUCUAACUCCCCCUUAAUGCCUAAUGUGCUCCAGACCUUGUCGAGGGGCACAGCUUCUACUAGUUCUAAUUCCGCUUCUUCCUUUGUUGUCUUUGAUGGUGCGAACAGGAGGAAUCGUUUAAGCUUUAACAGUGAGGGCGUCAGGGCCAAUGUGGCAGAGGGCAGCAGGAGGCUGGACUUCACUGAUGAAAGUGCCAAUAAAGACAAUGCCACAGCACCAGAACCAAAUGAAAGCACAGAGGGCGAUGAUGGGGGCUUUGUCCCACAUCACCAGCACGCUGGCUCCCUCUGCGAGCUUGGGGUUGGGGAGUGCCCCUCGGGGAGUGGCGUAGAGUGCCCCAAAUGUGACACGGUCCUGGGCUCCUCCCGCUCCCUGGGCGGCCACAUGACCAUGAUGCAUUCUCGUAACUCGUGUAAGACACUCAAGUGCCCCAAGUGCAACUGGCACUAUAAGUACCAGCAGACGCUGGAGGCACACAUGAAGGAGAAGCACCCGGAGCCGGGGGGCUCCUGCGUCUACUGCAAAAGCGGGCAGCCCCACCCCCGGUUGGCACGAGGUGAGAGCUACACUUGUGGUUACAAGCCUUUCCGCUGCGAGGUGUGUAACUACUCCACAACUACCAAAGGCAACCUCAGUAUUCAUAUGCAGUCCGACAAGCAUCUCAACAACAUGCAGAACCUGCAGAAUGGAGGGGGGGAGCAGGUCUUCAGCCACACUGCUGGGGCGGCGGCGGCAGCAGCGGCAGCGGCGGCCGCAGCAGCCAACAUCAGUAGUUCCUGCGGGGCCCCCUCGCCCACCAAACCAAAAACCAAACCCACAUGGCGGUGUGAGGUGUGCGAUUAUGAGACCAACGUAGCUAGGAACCUCCGCAUCCACAUGACCAGUGAGAAGCACAUGCAUAACAUGAUGCUGCUACAGCAGAACAUGACCCAAAUCCAACACAACCGCCACCUGGGUCUCGGCAGCCUGCCCUCACCCGCUGAGGCUGAGCUCUACCAAUACUACCUGGCCCAGAACAUGAACCUGCCCAACCUGAAGAUGGACAGUGCUGCCUCGGAUGCCCAGUUCAUGAUGAGUGGAUUCCAGCUGGAUCCCGCCGGGCCCAUGGCCGCCAUGACACCUGCUCUAGUGGGCGGUGAGAUCCCCCUAGACAUGCGGCUUGGGGGCGGGCAGCUGGUGUCGGAGGAGCUGAUGAACCUGGGCGAGAGCUUCAUCCAGACCAACGACCCGUCCCUGAAGCUCUUCCAGUGCGCUGUCUGCAACAAGUUCACGACGGACAACCUGGACAUGCUGGGGCUGCACAUGAAUGUGGAGCGCAGCCUCGCAGAGGACGAGUGGAAGGCCGUGAUGGGGGACUCGUACCAGUGCAAGCUCUGCCGCUACAACACCCAGCUCAAGGCGAACUUCCAGCUGCACUGCAAGACAGACAAGCAUGUGCAGAAGUACCAGCUGGUGGCCCACAUCAAGGAGGGUGGCAAGGCCAACGAGUGGAGGCUCAAGUGUGUAGCCAUUGGCAACCCCGUGCACCUCAAAUGCAACGCCUGCGACUACUACACCAACAGCCUUGAGAAGCUGCGGCUGCACACGGUCAACUCCAGGCACGAGGCCAGCCUGAAGUUGUACAAGCACCUGCAGCAGCAUGAGAGCGGCGUGGAGGGCGAGAGCUGCUACUACCACUGCGUCCUGUGCAACUACUCCACCAAGGCCAAGCUCAACCUCAUUCAGCAUGUGCGCUCCAUGAAGCACCAGCGCAGCGAGAGCCUGCGCAAGCUGCAGCGGCUGCAGAAAGGCCUUCCAGAAGAGGACGAGGACCUGGGGCAGAUCUUCACCAUCCGCAAGUGUCCCUCGACCGACCCAGAAGAAGCCAUUGAAGAUGUUGAAGGACCCAGUGAAACAGCUGCUGAUUCAGAGGAGCUUGCUAAAGACCAGGAGAGUGGAGGCGAGAAAGACCAGAGCAAGUGGACAGCCUCAUCCAGCCAAGCAGAGAAGGAGCUGACGGAUUCUCCUGCUGCCUCCAAACGCAUCUCCUUCCCAGGUAGCUCGGAGUCUCUGCUCUCUUCGAAGCGACCAAAAACAUCUGAAGAGAUCAAACCGGAGCAGAUGUACCAGUGCCCGUACUGCAAGUACAGCAACGCCGACGUGAACCGGCUGCGGGUGCAUGCCAUGACACAGCACUCCGUGCAGCCCAUGCUCCGCUGCCCCCUGUGCCAGGACAUGCUCAACAACAAGAUCCACCUUCAGCUGCACCUCACCCACCUCCACAGCGUGGCACCGGACUGCGUGGAGAAGCUCAUUAUGACGGUGACCACCCCUGAGAUGGUGAUGCCCAGCAGCAUGUUCCUCCCAGCAGCUGUUCCAGAUCGAGAUGGGAAUUCCAGUUUGGAAGAGGCAGGAAAGCAGCCCGAAACCUCAGAAGAUCUGGGAAAAAACAUCUUGCCAUCUGCGAGCACAGAGCACAGUGGAGAUUUAAAAACCUCUUCUGCUGAUCCAGGCUCUGUGAGAGAAGACUCAGGCUUUCUCUGCUGGAAAAAGGGGUGCAACCAGGUUUUUAAAACUUCUGCUGCCCUUCAGACACAUUUUAAUGAGGUGCAUGCCAAGAGGCCUCAGUUGCCUGUGUCAGAUCGCCAUGUAUACAAGUACCGCUGUAACCAGUGCAGUCUGGCAUUCAAGACAAUUGAAAAGUUGCAGCUCCAUUCUCAGUACCAUGUGAUCAGAGCUGCCACCAUGUGCUGUCUUUGUCAGCGCAGUUUCCGAACUUUCCAGGCUCUGAAAAAACACCUCGAGACAAGCCACCUGGAGUUGAGUGAGGCUGACAUCCAGCAACUUUAUGGUGGCCUUUUGGCCAAUGGGGACCUCCUGGCAAUGGGAGAUCCCACGCUGGCUGAAGACCACACCAUAAUUGUGGAAGAAGACAAGGAGGAAGAAAGUGACUUGGAAGACAAACAAAGCCCAACAGGCAGUGACUCUGGGUCAGUACAAGAAGAUUCAGGCUCAGAGCCAAAGAGAGCUCUGCCUUUCAGAAAAGGCCCCAACUUUACCAUGGAAAAAUUUCUAGACCCUUCUCGCCCUUACAAGUGUACUGUCUGUAAGGAGUCUUUCACUCAAAAGAAUAUCCUACUAGUGCACUACAAUUCUGUCUCCCACCUGCAUAAGUUAAAAAGAGCCCUUCAAGAAUCUGCAACUGGUCAACCAGAACCCACCAGCAGCCCAGACAAUAAACCUUUUAAGUGUAACACUUGUAAUGUGGCUUAUAGCCAGAGUUCUACUCUGGAGAUCCACAUGAGGUCUGUGUUGCAUCAAACCAAAGCCAGGGCAGCCAAGCUGGAGGCUGCAAGUGGCAGCAGCAAUGGGACUGGGAACAGUAGCAGUGUCUCCCUGAGCUCCUCCAUACCAAGUCCUGUGAGCACCAGUGGCAGUAACACCUUUACCACCACCAAUCCAAGUAGUGCUGGCAUUGCACCAAGCUCCAAUUUACUGAGCCAAGUGCCCACUGACAGUGUUGGGAUGCCACCUCUAGGGAAUCCUAUUGGUGCCAACAUCGCCUCUCCUUCAGAGCCCAAGGAGGCCAAUCGGAAGAAGCUGGCGGAUAUGAUUGCAUCCAGGCAGCAGCAGCAGCAGCAACAGCAACAGCAGCAACAACAACAACAGCAGCAGCAGCAGCAGCAGCAGCAGCAGCAGCAGCAGCAAGCACAGACACUGGCCCAGGCUCAGGCUCAAGUUCAGGCUCACUUACAGCAGGAGCUGCAGCAGCAGGCUGCCCUGAUCCAGUCGCAGCUAUUUAACCCUACCCUCCUUCCUCACUUCCCCAUGACCACUGAGACACUGCUGCAACUGCAACAGCAGCAGCAUCUCCUCUUCCCUUUCUAUAUCCCGAGUGCUGAGUUCCAGCUCAACCCUGAGGUGAGCUUGCCAGUUACCAGCGGGGCACUGACGCUGACAGGGACUGGCCCAGGCCUACUGGAAGAUCUGAAGGCUCAGGUUCAGAUCCCACAGCAGAGUCACCAACAGAUCCUACAGCAGCAGCAGCAGCAGCAGCAGCAGCAGCAGCAGCAACAGCAGCAGCAGCAGCAAAGUCAACUCUCUCUGUCCCAGAGCCACUCUGCUCUCCUUCAGCCAAGCCAGCACCCCGAAAAGAAAAAUAAAUCGGUCAUUAAAGAGAAGGAAAAAGAAAGCCAGAGAGAGAGGGAGGGUGUGGAGGGGGGAGAAGGCAGCACGGGUCCGAAGGAAUUGUUGCCAGAUGCCUUGAAGGCCAAAGAGAAAAAAGAGUUGGCACCAGGGGGUAGUUCUGAGCCUUCUAUGCUUCCUCCGCGCAUUGCCUCGGAUGCCAGAGGGAACGCCACCAAGGCCUUGCUGGAGAACUUUGGCUUUGAGCUGGUCAUUCAGUACAAUGAGAACAAGCAGAAGGUGCAGAAGAAGAAUGGGAAGACAGAACAGGGAGAGAACCUGGAAAAGCUUGAGUGCGAUUCCUGCGGCAAGUUAUUUUCUAACAUCUUGAUCUUAAAGAGUCAUCAGGAACAUGUUCAUCAGAAUUAUUUUCCCUUUAAACAGCUCGAGAGGUUUGCCAAACAGUACCGAGAGCACUAUGACAAACUGUACCCUUUGAGGCCCCAGACCCCGGAGCCACCACCCCCUCCACCACCCCCUCCGCCACCCCCGCUUCCUGCAGCACCCCCUCAGCCAGCUUCUGCGCCAGCCAUCCCUGCAUCAGCCCCGCCUAUCACUUCACCAACAAUUGCGCCAGCCCAGCCAUCUGUGCCGCUCACCCAGCUCUCUAUGCCAAUGGAACUGCCCAUCUUCUCACCAUUGAUGAUGCAGACAAUGCCGCUGCAGACCUUGCCAGCCCAGCUGCCCCCUCAGCUUGGCCCUGUGGAGCCUCUGCCUGCAGACCUGGCCCAGCUGUAUCAGCAUCAGCUCAAUCCAACCCUGCUCCAGCAGCAGAACAAGAGGCCUCGCACCAGAAUCACGGAUGACCAGCUCCGAGUGCUCCGGCAAUAUUUUGACAUUAACAAUUCCCCCAGUGAAGAACAGAUCAAAGAGAUGGCCGACAAGUCUGGGUUGCCCCAGAAAGUGAUCAAGCACUGGUUCAGGAACACUCUCUUCAAAGAGCGGCAGCGUAACAAGGACUCCCCUUACAACUUCAGCAAUCCUCCCAUCACCAGCCUGGAAGAGCUCAAGAUUGACUCUCGACCCCCUUCCCCAGAACCUCAGAAGCAGGAGUACUGGGGAAGCAAGAGAUCAUCAAGAACAAGGUUUACUGACUACCAACUCCGAGUCCUCCAGGACUUCUUUGAUGCCAAUGCUUACCCAAAGGAUGAUGAAUUUGAGCAGCUCUCUAAUUUACUGAACCUUCCAACCCGGGUCAUUGUGGUGUGGUUCCAGAAUGCCCGACAGAAGGCCAGGAAAAAUUACGAGAAUCAGGGAGAGGGCAAAGAUGGAGAGCGGCGUGAGCUUACAAAUGAUAGAUAUAUUCGAACAAGCAACUUGAACUACCAGUGCAAAAAAUGUAGCCUGGUGUUUCAGCGCAUCUUUGAUCUCAUCAAGCACCAGAAGAAGCUGUGUUACAAGGAUGAGGAUGAGGAGGGGCAGGAUGACAGCCAAAAUGAGGAUUCCAUGGAUGCCAUGGAAAUCCUCACACCGACCAGUUCCUCCUGCAGCACACCAAUGCCCUCCCAGGCUUACAGUGCCCCAGUGCCAUCAGCCAAUCCAGCUCCCUCUGCUUUCCUGCAGCUUACAGCAGAGGCUGACGAGCUGGGCACCUUUAAUUCAAAAACAGAAGCAAGUGAUGAGAAACCAAAGCAAGCUGAACCUCCCAGUGCACAGCCAAACCAAACCCAAGAAAAGCAAGGACAACCAAAGCCAGAGCUUCAGCAGCAAGACCAACCUGAGCAGAAGACAACUGUGCCCCAGCAAAAGCUCCCACAGCUGGCCGCCCCUCCUUCCUUGCCACAGCCUCCUCCACAGGCGCCUCCUCCUCAGUGCCCCUUGCCUCAGUCGAGCCCCAGUCCCUCUCAGCUCUCCCAUCUGCCCCUCAAACCUCUCCACACAUCAACGCCUCAACAGCUGGCCAACCUACCUCCUCAGCUCAUACCCUACCAGUGUGACCAGUGUAAGUUGGCAUUUCCAUCGUUUGAGCACUGGCAAGAGCAUCAGCAACUUCACUUCUUGAGUGCACAGAACCAGUUCAUCCACCCCCAGUUCCUGGACAGGUCACUGGACAUGCCUUUCAUGCUGUUCGACCCCAGUAACCCACUCCUGGCCAGCCAGCUGCUCUCCGGAGCCAUACCUCAGAUUCCAGCAAGUUCUGCCACUUCUCCCUCCACGCCAACCUCCACGAUGAACACUCUGAAGAGGAAGCUGGAGGAGAAGGCCAGUGCAAGCCCUGGUGAAAACGACAGUGGGACAGGAGGGGAAGAGCCUCAGAGAGACAAGCGUUUGAGGACAACUAUUACACCCGAACAGCUGGAAAUUCUCUACCAAAAGUAUCUACUGGACUCCAAUCCAACUCGAAAGAUGUUGGAUCAUAUUGCGCAUGAGGUGGGUUUGAAGAAACGUGUGGUGCAAGUCUGGUUUCAGAACACUCGAGCUCGGGAACGGAAAGGACAGUUCCGGGCUGUGGGCCCAGCGCAGGCCCACAGGAGAUGCCCUUUUUGCAGAGCGCUCUUCAAAGCCAAGACUGCCCUUGAGGCUCAUAUCCGGUCCCGUCACUGGCAUGAAGCCAAGAGAGCUGGCUAUAACCUAACUCUGUCUGCGAUGCUCUUAGACUGCGAUGGGGGCCUCCAGAUGAAAGGAGAUAUUUUCGAUGGAACUAGCUUUUCCCACCUACCCCCAAGCGGUAGUGAUGGUCAGGGUGUCCCCUUGUCGCCUGUGAGUAAAACCAUGGAGUUGUCUCCCAGAACUCUUCUCAGCCCUUCCUCCAUCAAAGUGGAAGGGAUUGAAGACUUCGAAAGCCCCUCUAUGUCCUCGGUUAACCUAAACUUUGACCAAACUAAGCUGGACAACGAUGAUUGUUCCUCUGUCAACACGGCAAUCACCGACACCACAACAGGAGACGAGGGCAAUGCAGAUAAUGACAGUGCGACGGGAAUAGCAACUGAAACCAAAUCUUCUGCACCCAAUGAAGGGUUGACCAAAGCGGCCAUGAUGGCAAUGUCUGAGUAUGAAGAUCGGUUGUCCUCUGGUCUGGUCAGCCCAGCCCCGAGCUUUUAUAGCAAGGAAUAUGACAACGAAGGUACAGUGGACUACAGUGAAACCUCAAGUCUUGCAGACCCCUGCUCCCCAAGUCCUGGUGCGAGUGGGUCCGCAGGCAAAUCUGGUGACAGCGGGGAUCGGCCUGGGCAGAAACGUUUUCGCACUCAGAUGACCAAUCUGCAGCUGAAGGUCCUCAAGUCAUGCUUCAAUGACUAUAGGACACCCACUAUGCUAGAGUGUGAGGUCCUGGGCAAUGACAUUGGACUGCCAAAGAGAGUUGUUCAGGUCUGGUUCCAGAAUGCCCGGGCAAAAGAGAAGAAGUCCAAGUUAAGCAUGGCCAAGCAUUUUGGUAUAAACCAAACGAGUUAUGAGGGACCCAAAACAGAGUGCACUUUGUGUGGCAUCAAGUACAGCGCUCGGCUGUCUGUACGUGACCAUAUCUUUUCCCAACAGCAUAUCUCCAAAGUUAAAGACACCAUUGGAAGCCAGUUGGACAAGGAGAAAGAAUACUUUGACCCAGCCACUGUACGUCAGUUGAUGGCUCAACAAGAGCUGGACCGGAUUAAAAAGGCCAAUGAGGUCCUUGGACUGGCAGCUCAGCAGCAAGGGAUGUUUGACAACGCCCCUCUUCAGGCUCUGAACCUUCCUACGGCAUAUCCAGCGCUCCAGGGCAUUCCUCCUGUGUUGCUCCCGGGCCUCAACAGCCCAUCCUUGCCAGGCUUUACUCCAUCCAACACAGCUUUAACGUCUCCUAAACCGAACUUGAUGGGUCUGCCCAGCACAACAGUUCCUUCCCCUGGCCUCCCCACAUCUGGAUUACCAAAUAAGCCGUCCUCAGCGUCACUGAGCUCCCCCACCCCAGCACAAGCCACAAUGGCGUUGGCCCCUCAGCAGCACCCCCAACCCCAGCAGCAGCAGCAGCAGCCACAGGUGCAGCAGCCUCCCCCGCCGCCAGCAGCCCAGCCGCCACCCACACCGCAGCUCCCACCUCAGCAGCAACGCAAAGACAGUGAGAAAGUAAAGGAGAAGGAAAAGGCACACAAAGGAAAAGGUGAACCCCUGCCUGUCCCCAAGAAGGAGAAAGGAGAAGCCCCCACAGCGGCUGCAGCCACCAUCUCAGCCCCACUGCCCUCCAUGGAGUAUGCAGUGGACCCUGCCCAGCUGCAGGCCCUGCAGGCAGCCUUGACUUCAGACCCCACAGCGUUGCUCACGAGCCAGUUCCUUCCUUACUUUGUACCAGGCUUUUCUCCUUAUUACGCCCCCCAGAUCCCUGGCGCCCUGCAGAGCGGGUACCUGCAGCCUAUGUAUGGCAUGGAAGGCCUAUUCCCCUACAGCCCUGCACUGUCGCAGGCCCUGAUGGGGCUGUCCCCAGGCUCCCUACUGCAGCAGUACCAGCAAUACCAGCAGAGUCUGCAGGAGGCGAUCCAGCAGCAGCAGCAGCGGCAACUACAGCAGCAGCAACAGCAGCAGCAGCAGCAGCGGCAACUACAGCAGCAGCAACAGCAGCAGCAGCAGCAGCAGCAGCAGCAACAGCAAAAAGUGCAGCAGCAGCAGCAGCAGCCCAAAGCAAGCCAAACCCCAGUCCCCCAGGGGGCUGCUUCCCCAGACAAAGACCCUGCCAAAGAAUCCCCCAAACCAGAAGAGCAGAAAAACGCCCCCCGUGAGGUGUCUCCCCUCCUGCCGAAACCCCCCGAAGAGCCAGAAGCAGAAAGCAAAAGUGCGGACUCCCUCUACGACCCCUUCAUUGUUCCAAAGGUGCAGUACAAGUUGGUCUGCCGCAAGUGCCAGGCGGGCUUCGGCGACGAGGAGGCGGCGAGGAGCCACCUGAAGUCCCUCUGCUUCUUCGGCCAGUCUGUGGCGAACCUGCAAGAGAUGGUGCUUCACGUCCCCACUGGCAGCGGUGGUGGUGGCGGCGGCGGCGGCUCGUACCACUGCCUGGCGUGCGAGAGCGCGCUCUGUGGGGAGGAAGCUCUGAGUCAACAUCUCGAGUCGGCCUUGCACAAACACAGAACAAUCACGAGAGCAGCAAGAAACGCCAAAGAGCACCCUAGUUUAUUACCUCACUCUGCCUGCUUCCCCGAUCCUAGCACCGCAUCUACCUCGCACUCUGCCGCUCGCUCAAACGACAGUCCCCCUCCCCCGUCGGCCGCCGCCCCCUCCUCGUCCGCUUCCCCCCACGCCUCCAGGAAGUCUUGGCCGCAAGUGGUCUCCCGGGCUUCGGCAGCGAAGCCCCCUUCUUUUCCUCCUCUCUCCUCAUCUUCAACGGUUACCUCAAGUUCAUGCAGCACCUCAGGGGUUCAGCCCUCGAUGCCAACAGACGACUAUUCGGAGGAGUCUGACACGGAUCUCAGCCAAAAGUCCGACGGACCGGCGAGCCCGGUAGAGGGUCCCAAAGACCCCAGCUGCCCCAAGGACAGUGGUCUGACCAGUGUAGGAACGGACACCUUCAGAUUGUAAGCUUUGAAGAUGAACAAUACAAAUGAAUUUAAAUAAAAAAAAUUAAUAACAAACCAAUUUCAAAAAUAGACUAACUGCAAUUCCAAAGCUUCUAACCAAAAAAUCAAAAAACAAACAAAAAACAAAAAAGAAAAAAAAAAAAAGAAAAAAAAAAGAAAAAGCGUGGGUUGUUUUCCCAUAUACCUAUCUAUGCCGGUGAUUUUACAUUGUCUUUUUUUUUUUUUUUCUUUUAAUAUUUAAAGAAAACAAAAACCCUAACCGUGUUACAUUGCGUCCUUUUGAAGGUACUAUUGGUCUGGGAAACACAAGUCCGCAGGGCCUCCCUAAUGUCUUCGGAGCUUAAACCCCUUGUAUAUUUGCCCCUUUUCAAUAAAUGUCCCACCUUGAUAGCACAGAGGAGCCCGGCAUGCACUGUAUGGGAAAGCAGUCCACCUUGUUACAGUUUUAAAUUUCUUGCUAUCUUAGCAUUCAGAUACCAAUGGCUUGCUAAAAGAAAAAAAGAAAUGUAAUGUCUUUUUAUUCUCAGGUCAAUCGCUCACACUUUGUUCUGUUUUCAGAAUCAUUGUUUUAUAUAUAUUAUUUUUUCAGGUUUUUUUUUUUUUUUGUUCCAGAAAAGAUUUUUUUUUGUUGUUUUAAUUUAAAAAUGGGCAGAAAGUAUUCGAGAAAAACAAUGUGAACUGCUUUAGCUUUCUGGGGAUUUUUAAGGAUAGCUUUUCUGCUGAAGCCAAUUUCAAGGGGAAAAGUUAAAACACUCCCACUUUCAGAAAAAAAAAAAAAACCCACAUACACAAAGAGUGUUGAGGACUUGUAGCUUAAAAAAUAAGUUUUAAAAACUGACUUUCUGUAUUUAUGAUAGAUAUGACCAUUUUUGGUGUUGAGUAGAUUGUUGCAUUGGAAAUGAACUGAAGCAGUAUGGUAGAUUUAAAAGGAAAAAAAAAAAAACUUUUUGUGUACAUUUAGCUUUUUGUAUGGUCCAGCUGACAGCUCCUCAUUUGAUGUUGUCUUGUUCAUUCCUAGCAGAUAGAUUGCAAUCUGUUGAUUUGCCUAAGCUUUUCUCCCCUUUGUCCCUUCAUUCCACUUUCUCUUUCCUCUUCCCAACUCCCAUCCUAUAAUCUCCCACUUAAGGUAGCUGCCUUCAUUUCUUAGAGGGUGGCUGCAGAAUUAUUUUAUAAAGCUAUAGAAAAUUUCAAAGGAUUCUAGGGGUCAUUAGGAUCCUCACAGAUUAUUUUUGGUUGGGGAGUUGAAACUUUUUAAAGGCAUAUAAUUCUAGUUACGUAUGUCUGGUAGCCUUGUGCAUUUAUUUUUUAUUUAUCCUUCCUUUGGCUUUUCUUUGCACCUCUUUUCCUUCUUAUUCGAUAGAUGCUUCAAAUAUUCUUUUCCUGACCUCAAGCAUUUGUUUCAGUUUGUGUAAACUGGGCUGUGUGCUUUUCUUUCUAAAGUUUUUGGUUAGGGGUUUGGUUUUUUGUUUGUUUGUUUUUAUGUUUUUUCUUUCCUCUCUCAGAAAAAGAAAUUUCAUGCUUUAAAUAAAAUCCAAAGACACACCCUUUCACUGCUGAUGCAGAAAAAAGGGAAAGGGUUCUUGUUACUUGAGAAUUUGUUUCUGAUUUAAACAAACAAGACUUAGUUUAGUAAAAGAAAGAAUAAAACAGAAAGAUUCCCAGGUUGUUAUGUGCUUCUUCUGCAAGCAGAGAGGCAACUGUUAAUGACAAUUCCAGAUACCAAAAGACACAUUUUUAACUUCAAAGUUUUGUCCUGUGUUAGGCAGUUUGAGCAGCGAGUGAUCCGGAGCGCAGCCAACAAAGCAGAUAGCAAUGAACAGAAAGCAAAAAAGGAAACCGUAUGUGAGGCACUUGUAUUUAUGUUAAUAUCCAUAUUCCUGUAACACGUGACACAGCAACACAUCCUUUUUUAUCUUUAAAAAAAAAAAACAGUCUGAACUUUGAAUGGAAAACUUUGUGCUGCUAAAAUGUAGGUUUUGGAGACAAAUACUUUGCUGUUUCACUUUCAUAAAUAAACAUCACCAGACACAAUCUCCCGUAUCCCCAAAGUGUGAAAUCUUUCUCCCCUUCAUUCUCUUCCUUAUGUUUCAAAAGGGAACUUUGAAGACUGUGAGUACCGGUUCCAUUGGUCACCUUUCGGCUUCUUUCCCCAGUGCUGAAGCCACUCAUCGACUUUGCAAAAGACUGGAGCAUUCCAAGAUCUGAAAAUGGAGUUUUUUCUUUUUUUCUCUUUUUCUUUUUUUUUUAGCCAGGACUAUUUUUAUGAAUUUGUUUUUAGUUAAAGAGUAGAUCCUGAACUGUUGUACAUAUUUCUAACUAGGCUGAUGCACAGUGCAAAUUCCUUUUUAAUUUUUUUUAAGUAGAAAUACUAAAGAAUACCAUCUUAACUAUUCAUAUCAGUAUCCAGUUGUAGCAUAAGGUGUCAAAAACAAGUACACAAAACAUUUACUGUUUUAACAAGCUAUUUCCUUUUAAGAAGAAUUCUUGUAUUUCUCCCUGUGUUUGAGAUGAACAUUUUUAAAUUUUAAAGUUGUACAGUUUUUUGUUUUCCAUUAUUUUAUCUUGUUUGUAACUCUAUGAAAUAUAUAUAUAUUUUUUGCCAUUUAACUGUUGUAUGUUACUCUGUGUUUGUAUCAUAGAAAAAAAGUUGUUUUUGUUUUCGGUUCUCUAUGUGAUACCAGUUAACAAUUUAACACUAGCUUUACCUGUCCAAUUCUGCUAGGUCUUCUCUGAAAACUGUUUUUAAAAAUGAUAUUGCUUGGUAAUAGUGCAAUUUCUAUCCCUUUCCCUCCCCCUCAACUUCAAGUUCCUUUGUAAUUUUGCUGCCCCUCCCCUAAAUUUUUUUUUUUUUUUUGAGCUACUAUGGCAUCCUCCCUCUGUGAGGCAGAGUGACUGUCAGUGCUUUGUGCUGCCAUGCCUUGACUUGUGGGUGUGUGUGGCAACAAUAAGGUGGGGGGUAGAUUGGCUAAGCGUGCUUUCCACCCACCAGUAUUCCUCAGAGGGGUUAUGUGAUUGUUUCAACCUGGAGUGGGUUGCACACUUAAUACUUUCCUCUACAACUGCACCGCCCACAUGCAUGUUCAUUCAAAAAAGAAAAAGCGGUUCUCAGCACUAACCCAGAAGUAGCAAAGUAGUCAGUGAUGGUGAAAACUAGAAGUCAGACAUGAUCCAGUCACAUGUUUUUGGACUGACAUCCACAGUGGCUAUGCCUGUAUCAUUUACAAAGCAUGAAUUCACUACAACACUCAACUGUUUAGAUUGACCUCAUUUGGUGAAUUUACUCCUGUCUGCUGUAUAGUAGGUAGCCAAGUAGGAUAUCUCAAGUUACUUUUUAAAUUAGUUCUUAACCUCUAUUGGCACUUCAUUUUUUUGGUGAUUGUUUUUGUUUUGUUUUCAUUUUGUUUUUCUCAAAUAACCCUAGUGUGGGUUGGUGCUAGACACUAAUUCAGUCAUAGCACCAGACUGACCCACAGAAUUGGGGUAUAACUUCAUCUGUCCUUGCAAAAAAAAAAAAAAAAAAAAGUAAAACACAUAUACACACAGAGAAAAAGUUUAAUACAUCUAGGAAGUUUUUUUUAAAUUAAAAGCUAUUUAAAGAGAUGAAUGUGGCCAAAGUUUUACACAAUUGAAAAUAAAGUAAAACAGACGGCAUGUGUUUAAACCUGAGUUUAUCAGGCAUGGCAGGAAGUUGCAGGAGAGUGAGGCAAUGACCCAAGCCAGUGCACUUGAUGUUCAUGGACAUAUAUUUUUUUUAAAUAAUAAAUUAAAUUAAAACAUUUUAAAUAGAAGCAUAAAUUGAGUUGGUUGUUUGUUGGCGCUGAGAUACUGCCCACUGUGAAACAAAGCUUUGACUAGUUUUUUGUUUGUUUACUUUCUUCAGGGGGGAGGGGAGGGACAAGUUUGGGUAGGAAAGAAAGCAUAAAUGAACGUGACCCUGAGGUGAAGAGGUAUAUGAACAGCCUUUGCAAUGUAUAAAAAACAAAAAAACACAAAAAACAAAAAAAAACAAAAAAAAAUAGAGCAAGUGAAACCAAAAAUGAUGUUCUUGGUGUUUUUCUAUAAUGUAGUCUUGUUAGCUUUUUUGUUACUGUAACAAUGCUGAUCUCGAACUGUACCAAAAUACAUGGAGACUAACAAACAGAACCACAUGGAACUUUCAAACUGAAAAAAGAAAUUUGUCACAAAAACUUUGUUGUCAUAGUUAAGUUGAUUGUAGAUGGUAAUUGAAUAUACUCCUUUGAAAUAUUUCAUCAAGUAUGUUUCCUGCUCAUUGUGAUACAUUAAAAAAAUAUGAGCAAAA